GAGAAAGGACCAGGCCUACAGGGCUGAUUCUAGUUCAGAGGCCCUCCCCAGUUCUCCCAAGCCGAUGUCGAGUGGGCUGUUUUGGGCCCAAGCCCCGCGCCCCCUCCAAAUUCAAGCCGCCGAGCUCGUUCCUAUUUGGGUGCCCCAAGCAGGUGUCUCAGUUUGCUACUGGCGGAGGCAGCGGUGUCGGGCUGUCUGAAGUUAAAGACAUAACAAGGCAUUCUUCUGUCAGCUCUAGAGUAGAAAUCUUGUUCUUUUGAUCAGCACGUACAUCACAGGGUCUACCUGAUCCCGUUGUGAUCUCCUGAAAUCCGAAAUCAGAUUUAGGUAAGAUCUUUAGCGAAGGGAUAUAGCCUGGUCCCAUGCUUGCUCUUUAGCAAAGAACACCACUAAUCACCAACUUAGUGCAAGUCACAAUGCAGGGAUUUGCUGCUAAUCGUCGGAUCUGAGAGUGAGGGCAAGAAAUCCCGACUUUUGUUCUCCAUCCAUUUAGAACUGGUCCGUGGGAAAACAAAGAGCCUUGCACUAAAAGGGUUGCUUUUCUUAAUCCUUUGUUGGACAGCAGGGGGAGAUCUUAAACUAACGUAGCCCAGAAUCUCUGGCCGAAUGCCUAGAAAGGUGGUUUGUGUAUUGUUUUGCUGAUGUUCAUAGGGAGGGGCAGGAAGUUGUUUUAAAAAGGUCGAGAAUUUCAAAUUGUGCUUUUUAGAACACGGACCUCUAAGAACAGGAUCUGGUGAAGAAGAGAUGUUUUUAGACGUCCUGCCCUUCUCUCCCACCUCUUUCAACCCCCUUGUAGCUGCUCCCAUUCUCGGUUUGCAGCUGCUGCAGAUCCUCUCCUCAUAGUGUCCCUAGGACUCACCUAGGGAUUGGUGGCUGUCUUUGGUCUCUGCAGGGUUUGUAGCUCUGUACUGAGCAGAGUCGGGCUCUCUUGGAGUAUUGCUGUAACUAUUCAAUUAAAGAGAUCUGCAAGUGUCUUUUCCCCGGAGCCUCUGAUGUGAUCCAUUGUUAUUGAAAGCUGCUGAUCUAAGUUCUGUUGCUUCCCUAGCGUGAAGCCAAGGUUGAGGAUGUUAUCCAACUGAUGACUUUUCCCAAAAGAGGGUAGACUCUUGAGAGAGAUGUUGAGAACCUUGUAAUUUAGGAUCUUCUCUUUGGGCUCCCUGAAAUGUUUGGCAGAAUUUGGUUAUGCUCCAGGGACCUCCUAGGAAAAAGGAAGGAAGGGAAUGUGGUAUUGUUAUCUCUGUUAUUUUUGAAAUUCUCCUGUCUUGUAGUGCCGAGCCCUCUUACAAGGUAAAAACUGAACCUCCAGAAUCUUUCUGGUGGUUUUAGGAGCCCUGAGGUGUGAAUGGCUGGUGGAAUUAUUAAGUUCCUGACGGCCCACCCCAUCCCCACCCCCUCCCUUGCCUGCCCCGGAAACCUUUGAGCAGCUUUGCUGAUGUAAGCAGCACCCAUGCUGCCAGGUGUGGGCAGCUGUGGGCCUGCAUGGAGGAGCCAAAGCAGGAUGGAAAUGUCCUGCUUCAGGACGGAAGUCAGGAUGAAGAGCCUGCAGUUCAGUGCACCUCUUCCCACACCCAGCAUCCAUGUUGUGACGUGGAAUGUGGCCUCUGCAGCACCUCCUCUAGACCUCAGUGAUCUUCUUCAGCUCAACAAAGAGAACCUGAGUGUGGACAUGUAUGUCAUUGGUUUGCAGGAAAUGAACUGUGGGAUCAUGAGCCUCCUUUCUGACACUGCCUUUGAAGACCCAUGGAGCAGUUUCUUCAUGGAUGUGCUUUCCCCUCUGACCUUCGUCAAGGUCUCCAGUGUCCGCAUGCAGGGGCUCCUCUUACUCUUCUUUGCCAAGCAUCAGCAUUUGCCCUUUGUCCAGAUCCUCUCUACUAAAUCCACCCCCACUGGCCUCUUCGGGUACUGGGGGAACAAAGGGGGCAUCAACAUCUGCCUGAAGCUUUAUGGCUACUAUGUCAGCAUCAUCAACUGCCACCUCCCCCCCCACAUGGCCAACAAUGACCAGCGGCUGCAGCACUUUGACCGGAUCCUGGAGAUGCAAAAUUUUGAGGGACAGAACAUCCCAAACAUCCUGGACCAUGACCUCAUUCUCUGGUUUGGAGACAUGAACUUUCGGAUCGAGGACUUUGGGCUGCAUUUUGUUCGGGAAUCCAUAAAAAAUCGGUGCUACAGUGACCUGUGGGAGAAGGAUCAGCUCAGCAUUGCCAAGAAACACGACCCGCUGCUCCGGGAGUUCCAGGAGGGCCCUCUGCUCUUCCCGCCCACCUACAAGUUUGAUAAGAACUCCAACAACUACGAUACCAGUGAGAAAAAACGCAAGCCCGCAUGGACCGACCGCAUCCUGUGGAGGUUGAAGCGGCGGCCCCAGGCCAACCCCCACACCCCGAGACUGCCAGCCCCCCACUUCUGCCUGACCCUGAGGAGUUACGUCAGCCACAUGGUGUACUGCAUCAGUGACCAUAAGCCUGUCACCAGCACCUUUGACUUGGAGCUGAAGCCAUUGGUGUCUGCCCCAUUGAUCACCCUGAUACCUGAGGGCCUGUGGACCAUGGAAAACGACAUGUUGAUCAGCUACUCCUUGACCCCAGACUUUCUCAGCAGCCCCUGGGACUGGAUUGGACUAUACAAGGUGGGGCUGCGCCACAUUAAUGACUACGUGUCCUAUGUCUGGGUCAGGGACAACCAGGUCUCCUUCAACGAUGGGCUGAGCCAGGUAUACUUCAAUGUCAGCAAUAUCCCCGAGACUGAGGACCAGUUUCUCCUCUGUUACUAUAGCAACAGUCUACAUUCUGUGGUGGGGAUAAGCAAACCCUUCAAGAUCCAGCCUGGCUCCUCCUUGGCAGAGGACCUACUGGGUGAAGCCCAACCACAUAUCUGAGCCCGGAUGAGAGUGGAUCCAGGGCGGAGGCCAGAGCUGGCAGCCAGCUCUGCCUACCACUGCCAGGAGCCCUGGGGGCCCAGCCCCCAGAAGAGGCAGCAGGUACCCUCCACCUCCCAGGGGGAGCUCUCGCCACACUCCUAUGCUCUCUCUCCAGUCCAGAUCUCUGGAAUUGGCCACUUGAAUACAGGUUUUUGUUGCUGAGAUGUGAGUGCAACCAGCUGGUUUGUCAGCAGUGAAGACCUGAGACAGUCCACUGGCUGUGGGAAGACCCUCCAGCCUGCAUCUCGUUUCUUGAUUUUCCCCACACACACUUCCAGUUCCGCCCAAGCAGGCCUGCCAGGCACAUGCCCCAUCUGGCACAGGCCUGCAUUCUUGUCACGCCAUCCUGGGCCUCAGGCUGCCUGGGCGGGGGGGAAGAGAUGCUCACAUUUGCACAGGCUCUGUAGACUGGUUGGCACAAGCAGCCCUGGGUUCCAGGAGUCUUGGCAUCUCAUUGCCUGUCCCCCUGAGGGAUAGGCAGAGGGCCUGGGGUCCCUGCUUUCAGCAAGGACUAAGUGGGUGGGAUGGAGGGGCCCCUUCACCCAGGCUCUCAUGUAGAUGUUGUGGGCAAGACGAUGACUGUCCUGCUGCCAGUACCCCCACCCCAGGAUGUCCCAGGGCCGGAGCAGAAGAUUGAACCCAGGUUCACUUCUGCUGGUGGGUCAGGCUCCAUGCCCCAACCUGUCCUCUUGUGAAGGCACAGACUUUUCCAGGGUGUUCCUCGCCCAUUUGUGCUCAUCUGCCCCUACCCUUGCUGCGGUCACUGGCCAGAAACCUGCCCUCUCUCUAGAGUGCCCUAGCACCCAGAAGCGGAGGCCGGCAGAGAAGAGAGCCAGAAUCUAGAUGUUGGAGAAUCUGACCUUGAGGGUGUUCAGAGAGCAUUCCCUAGGUGCUGUUUGGGCACUCAGUCCCACCUCCCACCACUUGCCUCCAGCCACUGGUGAUUCAACGGCCCUUCUCCCAGGAGAAGACACCUCAGGGAGCCUGCUCUGUGACCAUCAUGCCCAUCCUAUGACUUGAGACUGAGGGACGCUGCAGUUGCUCUCUGAUCCAUACUCCACCCUGGGAGCCGUGUGUACCAUGAAGAACUGUCCCCCUGGCUGCUAGCGGGCCAUGGCUAUCUGUGCUCUGCGUCUAUUGUGUUGGAGGAUAAUUAGAAACAUGACUUUUA